GUGAGAUCUUCUUCGAUGAUGGCUGGAGUUAGCACGUCUGAGAACGGCACGACCUUCGUCCGAGUUGUGUCAUUUAUUUAUAAACCAUAUCAUAUUGUGAUGAAGGAAGGCCGCAAUGCACGUGUAGCAGGAAUGUAUGGAAAACUCCUUGACAUCCUUGCAAACUCACUGAAUUUCGAAUAUGAAGUUCGGAAUGUGGGCUUUUGGGGCUUGAGACUUCAAAAUGGGUCGUGGACCGGCGCAAUGGGUGAGCUUCAGCGAGAUAAUGCGGACAUAGCGCUAAUGUGCGGGUUGCCCACGUAUGAGGGAUCUCAAGUGACCGUCAUAUCGCCAACACUUAACCCUGUGGACAUUGCUAUACUAGCUGCGCGGAAAAACCGUUUCCUUAAGAUUCCGUUUGCUCUUGUCAAUGGAUUCGAUUUAGAGGUAUGGCUGUUGCUGCUUUUGACAUUGGUUAGUGUGACGAUUGAAAUGACGCUCAUACACUGUGGCCUCGUCCGGUCAUCGAACUUCAUACGACUUCUAUAUUUCUAUGUGACACAGCUGUUUGGAAAUAUCUGGGCUGAAUGCUCAGCUCGGCCUCCGUCGUUCAACGCCCUCCGAAUGAUUUGGAUAUCAUGGAUGCUGGGUAUCUCCAUGAUUCUUAUGAAUGCCUUCGCCGGAAAUUUAAAGGGAUUGCUCCUCUUUAAAGCUGAGACGCCGCGUAUCUCCGGUCCGUUAGACGUAGCCAAUCAACAAAAAAUGAAAGUUUUUCUGCCAUUGAAUAGCUUCGAAAACUUAUUAAUGACUUCAGAUAAGGCGAGUGUGCGGAGCUUGUAUCAUCGAGCCGUUAUCGAGCAACACACAGCGACCCCGCCAGCUGAACUGUUUAGCGAUAAAAUACUUAAUGCGGUGUUCGAAGGACAGGCUGUACUAUUAGCAAGUCGCCCAGCUAUAGGAAGAGGAACAAUGGCACAAUGUAAAAAUCUAAAACGAGGGGAGUUCUACACAGCGCGCGAACUAAUCGGGACAUAUCAUGCCGUCAUUUUCUACAAUCGAAGAAUGCCGAUACACCUUCAAGAGGCCAUCAACGAACGGUUGAUGCGUUUGUACGAUUCUGGUAUCUUAGAUGAGUGGUUUCGUAAAGUAAAUGGUGCGUGGACUGGCUGCUCUGCCGUUGCUGGAGGUAGCGGGGACGAUCGUUCAAUGGAGGCUCUGCAUCUCGCAGACUUAGAAGGACUCUUUUACAUUGUGCUAAUGGGGCAAACUUCUGGAUCGAUUGUCUUCAUCUUAGAAUAUCAACUUCAUCGUCUCCUUUGCGAAGACUUAUCAGCGCAGCGACCUCUGGAAUAAAAACAUCAAAACGCAGCUCUGGACAAUAUUAUGCUAGCUAGUCAACUAAACAUUACCGUAUGAAUGUUAUGGCUGUGAUGAGCGAACUAGAAGCACAAACUCGUUUCUCGGUUAAAAUUGCUUAUGGCGACAGAUAUAUCUGCAUACUUUUCAAUUUAAGAAGUAAAACGCAAUAUAUAACAACCCCACACCGUUGGGGGUUUCACAUGUCGUUCGAAUGUUUUCUGUCGACAUGAACUUUUUCUAUCGAUAUCUAUCGUAGCAAUACAGACAGUGUUUAAAGAACGAUAUGCCACCAGUUUAAUCACAAAAGUUUGAAAUCGAGCGUGUGGGUUCGUAACUUUCCUGUAUAACUCUUGUAAAGCCAUCUCUAUAAUAAAUAUGAAAGGACUUUUGCCACUAGCAGUGAUAUGGAUAGCGCUUUACCGGGGCUUGUGAUAUAUAUACCCUACGACUUAAUCCAAAAAUCAGGGGGUACUCACACUUUUUGGAUCAUAAUUACGAUCCACUUUUGUAAUAUGUUUUAUUGUGUAAUUGCUGAAACUUUGCAAUUCGUCUUUGCUAGCCGUUCAUAGGCAGUUAGGUUGUUUAGGUAUUUUAAAUUAAGAUUGAACUGUACAGCUGGUCUUUAUGGUGGCUUAGACACAUUUAUGGAUACAUUAGCUUACCCAGACGCAGCUUGAAAUUAGAUUUAAUUUUUCUGUAGAAGUUAGCUAAGAAAUCAUAGAAGCUACACUUCCAGAUACUUGCGAAGUUGGAAAUUAACAAACUGCAACUUUUUGACCACUUGGUAUUUGGAUCCCAAAUUGGAUAUUUGCAUCCUAUCUUCGGAGCAUAACUAGUAGAGACGAACGUAACAGCGCGCCUAUUAGGACAGUCAGAGCCAAUAUGACCUUGACAAUGCUGACGGAUCAAAUAGGCCCGCAUUUUUUCCUAAAAAAUAUACCUCUUAGCACUAGGAGGAACAACUAAGCCUGCGCAGUGGACAAACGGUGUCGGUUGAUUUAUUCUAUUCGACGCGUAUAUGGGGACCGAAUGGCUUCGAAUACGCAGCAGUGGACAAUGAAUCAGUGCGUAUGUUAAUCUAGAGAACCGAUCUUGGUUUUCCAUAUAUAAAUCAUAGAUCGACGAUCAAGCUACGUAAAAGUAUCUUUUCAAUAAAGUUAUUUCAAUAAGUUGAUCGUGUUAACGUUCUCAGAGUAGCAACUUGUCAUACCGGUGCGUUCCUAUAUGAACUGGCUAUUUUACUGUUAAAAACUGUAUAUAAAAGGAUUUAUUUCAUGACCGGAUGAUUAGUAUGCAAACGGCAAUCAUAAUGUGCCCGUCCAUUAUUAUCGAAUGUCCAGUCUAUGGACGAAUAGGCUAGAACACGACCUUCAAAAACGUGGCGCUACCCUGAACCUGACAACAAAAAAACAUUGUGCUUUAAUGCACAAAAUCCCUACGUAUCCUUAUUACGGAAAAAGGGUGUUAUUGGCGUACUUGUAAACCACCCCAAUAUGUCCUAUGAGCUUCACAUUGACCCUUCAGAUUCUGAAACUGAAUUCAGACUAUAUGGAAAAUAGUUCGUAUAGCAACUCUCGGCAUUCUGCCUACGGCAGUCAGCCACACGGUUUGUACGCUGCAACCCAAUUAUAUGUGAUAUGUUAGCAUUAAGAUAUACAUUUGAUUAGCGGAGACGAACCCAAACAUCAAUUGAAGUAUUCUUCGAAUAAAAUAU